UGAUUCUGGAGUCCGAUGAACAAAUACGGGCAAGGUAGUGAUCAAAUAUAUCGUGGGUGACACUGAAAAUUGCACAGGACUUUUACGUGCGCGGGACUGACAAGUGUUUCCAUGAAUUAAAAGGUGAUCGUAAAUGUGUAACCAUUUUGGUGUACCACUGGUCGAGUGACAACGAUGCAGGCUGUUGAAUUUAGUGUUUAACGGAAGCAUGACUAUAUUUAGCGGAUGACGAUUAGUCGUUUUGGAUUGUGACGACACUUGGGCGCUCUGUUUAUAAACCUUGUAAAAUUCGUCAGCCAAAAUGGAGGAUAUAUUCCAAUGGUGUCGCGAAGGAAACGCUAUGCAGAUUCGCGUUUGGUUGGAUGACACGGAGCACGACAUGAAUCAAGGCGAUGACCAUGGAUUCAGUCCCCUUCACUGGUGCUGUAAAGAAGGUCAUAUAAAAUUAGCCGAAUUACUGGUCAGCAGAGGAGCUCGCAUAAAUGCAACCAAUAGAGGAGAUGACACUCCAUUACAUCUUGCUUCGGCGCAUGGACAUAAGGAAAUCGUUCAAUUGUUAUUACGUAAUCGAGCAGACGUUAAUGUGACGAAUGAGCACGGAAACACGGCACUGCAUUAUGCCUGUUUCUGGGGAGAUCAGGCUGUUGCUGAAGAGCUGGUUGCUGCUGGUGCUCUGGUCUCCAUUGCUAACAAGGACGGCGACACUCCUCUCGACAAAGCUCGAGGCUCUUUGGCUAAAAGAUUGCAUGAUUUGGCAGUGGAUUUUGGGCAAGACCUAAAAAAGAUCCAAUUCAAGGACCAAAGUUGGCUUGGUCUAAAAACUAGAAGUCGCGAUGCGACAUUAUCCAGACACAAAGGAAUAAGCAUGGCGGAUUUGGCCUUGCAUACACAUUUAGCGAGCAGUCCAAGUGGAGAGACGUGGCGAGGUCGAUGGCAAAAUAAUGAUGUAGUAGUGAAGAUAUUACAUUUAAGAGAGUGCACUGCAAGAACCUCUAGAGAUUUCAACGAAGAGUUUCCAAAACUCAGAAUUUUCUCUCAUCCUAAUGUUUUGCCUGUCCUAGCGUGCGUAAACCAGCCUCCGCAAUUGGUUACGGUUUCACAAUACAUGCCUCGAGGUAGCCUUCACCGAUUGCUUCAUGGUGGAACUGGGGUAGUCGUUGACACAGCUCGAGCUCUUCGAUUAGCUUUAGACGUAGCUAGAGCGAUGGCUUUCUUGCAUGGAUUGGAGAGACAAAACAGAUGCAGGUUUCAUCUCAACAGUAAACACGUUAUGAUUGACGAGGAUUUAACUGCUCGAGUAAAUAUGGCAGAUUCAAAGUUUUCUUUCCAAGAAGUUGGACGAAUUUACGAGCCUGCCUGGAUGUCUCCGGAAGCACUCAGUAAACGCCCAGCAGAUAUAAAUCUCGAAGCGAGUGAUAUGUGGAGCUUUGCGGUACUUCUGUGGGAGCUGGCUACAAGGGAAGUUCCGUUUGCCGAUUUAUCGCCAAUGGAGUGCGGAAUGAAGAUUGCUCUGGAAGAUCUGCGAGUGAGCAUUCCACCAGGAAUUUCUCCUCACCUUGCCAAGCUCGUAAGGAUCUGCAUGAACGAGGACCCAGGCAAACGCCCUUCAUUUGAUAUGGUUGUCCCCAUUCUUGAUAAAAUGAAACGUUAAUGGAUUCAUUGUUACCCUCCCACGCGGGUAUUCAGUAUGUAUUGAGCCUUGAUGUAUACUAAUAGUCGCAACAGAAUUUUUAGUCCUUGUAAUCUGCGAUUACUAACUGUUAACAAAGUGCCUCGAUGAAUGUAUACUUACGAUAGAUAGAAUAUUGUGCAUCUGGGCGAGAAAGUAGACAUUUGCUGGACCGAUGUGAAGUUUCUAACACGAGGCUGUAGUCUUCAUAUGUGUGGUAAAUGCCUUCUUAUCACCGAAGCACACACGAUAUUUUUUGCAAAAUCCGCAAGGAAAUGGUGACAUACAAGCUGUUAUAGAGAGUGUGGUCAAUUUGCGAAUCCCAUCGGCCAUGCGUCUUGUGAUCGAUGCGUGCUAGCUCGACAGUAAACGUUAAAGGAGGAAACUAAAAGUGAGGAAAAAUCAAAGGUCAAAAAAUCGCGGUGGCCUGAGCUGCGCAUGCGCAAGUGUUUUGUUCUCACCGAUCGGAAACCGACCACUUUCCGGAUGUUCUAUACGCGUGGAAAGACACUUUUCACGCGUGUUUUACAAAAACUGUAUUUUACAAUCUAAUAGAUGUGCCUAAUUAAGCUUUUCUACGUAGGGAUUUUUACAUAUUAUAUACAAAUAAUGUACACAAAUAUAAUUUUAUCACUAUAUUAACAAAUAAUUAAUACGUUUAAUUCUUCAUUGCACAUCCGAACACAAUUCUAUAUUUAAUUCUCAUUCACGCGAUAAGAACAUGUCAUUUCAAUUUUAUUAAACUAUGUUUGUUUUGUAAUUAUGAUGCAUACAUUUGUGCUAAUUAUGUAAAAUAAGACCAAAAUACUAUUGUGUUGAUGUGUCCCGUUGGGGAACUGUCACUUUUGGUAUUAUUGUUUCUUUAACCACGGAAGUGGUAAAAUAAAUGUUUAUUAAUUAUUA